GAAACGUCACUGGCGGCGCGCGAUUGGCCGCCCUGCUGCCUCGCCUAAUGUUACCUGGUAGCACAAAGAGCAGAGAGGAGUCUAGCGGAGCAGACGCAACACACCUUUUAUCCCACGUAGGACAGGUGAAAAGAGGAUCAAUAAAGUGUGUGUAACUCUUACGACGCUCCCGAUAAUACGCAUCCAAGAAAGUCCGAUUUUCAGCCCCAAAUAUAGAAUAAUGACAACAAAUAAGAUGGAUACCGAGAAAUUGAUAGAUCUGAUGAACAGCGGUAGCGAAAUUGAAUUUUGCAAUUUCUUGGAGAACGCUCAUAAUUUAAAUCCUGUUCAUAUUCUACGCGUUAUUUGCGACGCAAAAAACAUUGAGGAAGAAACUCGUUGCAAAUUUGCCACAAAACUACUGGAAAAGCACGACGCUCACGGCAGCAAAGCACCCUUUCCAGUUCACCAAGCAGCAGGAAAUGGUUACUUCCAACUAUGCAGUGCUCUAAUCAGGCACCCAAAACACCCCGCGAACGUAAAGGUGCGGAGUUUAAAUGGUGAAACCACUAUCAUCCGGGUCGUGCGCGGGGCAGUGAAAAGAAAAAGCGACGCUACCAGUGAAGAGGAUGCCCUAAAUCUCAUCGAGACAUUAACAGGAAUUGAUCCCGCAAGCGUCCACGUCAGAGACAAUGUGACUAACAAAUAUACUGCUGUUCACUUGGCAGCAAAGCAUGGGCUUUGGAAGUUAGUCGAAUUUUUCCUUAAAAACAAUGCUAACAUUAACAUUCAAAUUGGAGACGAUACAGCCAGGCAAUUAAUAGCGGCCUACCACGAAGACUGGGUGAAAGAUUACGCUGGAAGUACUGAACUGGGCGAAGAUCGCAUGGAACAAUUGGUUUCGGAGUUGGAAAAUUCACAGAAGGGCAAAGAGCAGAUAUUCAGCAAAUGGCUAGAAGACAAUAAAUCAAAUCUGCAAUUAGACGAGCUGUGCAAAGGAGAAUACACAUUGCUGCAGUAUGCCAUACGGAACCGACUCCCCAAUAUGGCUAAGAGUCUUAUUGCGAGGAAUGCCGAUCCAAAUACUGCAUUUUAUUGUGCCCUCGAUGCAGGAGAGGAAUACUUUACCAUCAUAAAGGAGUCACAAAUAAAGCUGAACGUAACGCCGUUGGACGACCUAAAGCAAACCGUUCUCCAUAAAGCAGUGCUUUCUGAAUGUCCAAGCGUCAAUGUGGUGGAGUUUUUGAUUAAUGCCGCGAGGGAGCAAGAAAAUGUGGAUUUUGUAAAGUGGAUAAAUGCCAAGGACCAUAAUGGCUUGACCGUUCUUCACAUUGCUGCCGUGCUGUACUUAAAUGACGUGGUGAUUCUCCUGCUUAAAAAUGACGCCAAUAUAUUCAUUAAAGAUGAUUUCGACCUGCCCGCUUUUUACCACGUCCAGCCAGAGUUGAUUGAAGAACAUUUGGACAGACAGAUCACACGUACGGAGCCUCUGAAAGACUACGGAAUUGUUUUCGACCUCCGUUUUCUCGAUGUUCCGCGCGAAAAGACAGAGAGAAGCGCGGAUAAAGAGACCUCUAUUAUUAUCUACCAGGCCGUUCCUAAGGACGAAAACAAGACAAAAGCGAGGGAAUACGAAAUUCAAUCGGAAAUGGAGCCGCUGAGAAUGUUGGCGGACUCUUCUCUCCACUCACGCCUUCUGCAGCACCCUGUGAUCAGGGCCUUCCUGCAACUCAAGUGGCAGCGCCUCUACUGGUUUUACUGGCUCAACUGUAGCUUUUACUUGGCGUUCGCACUUUCUUUCAUUGCCUUUGUCUUCAGCGUAGACCUGAAGCAUUUUGACGGCGAGGGCACGAAACUCUCCAACGCGAGCCACGCUGCUGGAGGAAAAUAUUUUCACAACGAUCACCAUCACUUGUUUCAACUGACCACAGGCAUGUUGACAUUUUUCCUAGCUCUCAGGGAGCUUUCCCAGGCCCUUUUCCUCACCACAAAAUACAUCUGUAACUGGGAAAAUUGGCUCGAGGUGAUCAUCAUCCUGCUGACAUUUUUACUACUGGUCGUACCGUUCAGCAAAGCACUCGCCUCCGCCCUUACGCUACUCAUCUCGCUGGAAAUGUUUCUCCUCAUGAGCCGCCACCCACGACUCGCUAAUUACAUUCACAUGUUCCUCCAAGUGGCUCGCAACUUCGUCAAAUUCCUUCUGUGGUACUUUUUGAUGAUUUUGGCUUUCGGAUUUUCCUUCUACAUCAUUUUCCCCUUUUGCGAAAACAAGGACGACGAGUCGAAAAAGUGCAAAACCUUUUUCAACACCAUAUACGACUCAAUUUUCAAGACGGUCGUCAUGAUUUCGGGCGAAUUUGAAGCAGGGGAAAUCGAAUUUGACCACGUUUCUAUCACCAGCCACCUGAUUUUCAUCGCAUUCCUCUUUUUUAUCUCAAUUGUCAUGGUGAAUCUUCUAAACGGUCUAGCAGUCAGCGACACGCAGCAGAUAAAAAAUGACGCUGAACUCAUAUUCUGCAAGUCACAAGCGAAAUUUUUCCACGACAUUGAAUCUACCCUCCUGAUGACCUAUCACGAAGGAGACAACUGUCCUUCAGUGUUCAGAUCGUUUGCUAGAUGGAUAAGCAAGAAAAUACUCCUGAUCAACAAUCUGCUCGCUGGGCACAACAAUUCAGUGACUGUUUUGCUGCAUAAAAACAACCAAGUCAUUCCUGAUGUGCGGCUCUUGAGUAAGAGCAGCGUUUUCAGGCUUUUUUGUGGGUGCCAAAUACUGCCUCUACCAAUUCGGAAAAUUUGCAACACUUUCAACACAAUUGUCAGAGAUGCAUUGCAAGUGAUUAGUAAAAAUGAAGAGCGCAGGAAAGCAGUAGAAGCCUCAGAAAAAAUUGAAGAGCAGAAUAAAGCUAUUCCGGACCGUUUGCAGCGCCUUGAGGAGCUCGUCCAAACCCUCCUAACAGAGAUGUCUCAGCAGACACGACCGCGUAAUGGAGUGAAACCAUAAAAUAACAGGCAGCUGGAUUAAAAAAGACUAAAUUAAUUAUUAGUCUGCUUUAGAAAAAUUUUAACACUUAACAUAAUUUUGCACGUGCUUAAUAUUAGCUUUGCAAGUCUGACAAUAAUUAGCCCGCCAAAUCGAAGCGACUGCUGCUUUGAUAUUCACCGGCGCAGCCGCAAAACUCUUUUGCCCCAUCUGCUGAAGCAAAAGGGCUUCACCACUAUGACGUUUGCUGCAACGCGGCCCCCAGCUGAUCGGAGGACAACAGCAGAGCCAGCAUGUCCGAAAGCGAAAGGAAGAAGAUUUACAAAGAGGCCGGAGACAAAUUACUAAAGGAUUUCAGCUACACCCCUAAUAACAAGGAGGAGCUGUUGGAAAAAUUGGCUUUGGACUGCCACCUGAGCAAGGCCUUCGUGUCCUUCUUAAAUGAAUACUGCGAGGAUGGAACUGCCGAGGUGUGGAAGCUGUUUAGGCAAGGAUUCGAGGCAGAAAAAGCAAGAGAACCCACGCAGCACAUUCGAGACGAAAUCAAAUCACUGUUAAAUAGUGGAAUGGUUUGUGUUAAAGCAAUAGACUUUGACAAAGAAGGGUUCAGCUGGAAAGAAGCUCUCGUAAAGGUUACGGAAGACCUAAAGACUUCUUUGGAUGGAAAACCGUGCAGCGUCUUAUUUAUAGCAGAAGUUAGCAGAUACAGGCAUGAGAAUAAAACAAAUGCAGAGUGUUUAAAAAGACGCUCUGACGGAGACUGCAGUUUGUUUUAAAAAUUGCGUUGAUUGCGACUUAAUUGGUGCUCAAGAUAACGGAUUUUGCUUUGUUUGGAAAAUUGCAGCAGGGAUUAGAAUAAUAAACACGAUGACAGGAAGAGCUUAAAACGACUGCAAAAAUUCAAGCUGAUGGAGUUCCACUGCAGAGGGAUUUCCGAUGAAAAUAAGGACCGUCUAAAAAUGACUCAAAUUUGAAAUUAUUUAUGCGCCGCAAGUGCCAUUAUUGCCUCAAAAAACAUUUUAGAUCAGGAUUAAAUCCUCUCAAAGUUGCGUACGUAAAGGACAUUUUAACGAUAUUUUUAAGUUGAUACAGAGAAUUUAUACUAUAUUUAUUCCGAAAAAUUCGUUAGUUGUUUCUACAGCGGUAAAGAGGUGGCGUGCCGCUCUCUUUUGAUAAUACUCGGCGAGCUUUGCUUAUUUUGGUUUUGGUGCACUCAGUUAAAUUAUUGAUCCCCCGAUCUACGCAUGCGCAAUUCACUCUUUUGAUGGGCUUUGACACGCGCGUAGAAAAGGCACACGUGGUAUUUGAAGUUUCGAAGAAGCAAUUAUUAGAUGAAAAUAUGAGUGGUGUAACCUUUCGUGCAAUAACCAAAUUUGUCGAUUUUUGUGUGUCCGUGUGAUGCAGUUUUGCUUGUGUUCAAAUAAUCUGUUCAAAAUAAUGUGUACUACUGAGGCAGCUGUUGCCUACUGCUAUACUUAAUUACACUUCCAUGAACAAUUGUUCCUCAGUUCCCCUCUUAAAAAGAGGAAAAUAAAAUUUGUACAAAAUUGAAAUAAA